GUACAUCACACCCUGUCUACUACCUGAAUGGAUUAAGUACAGCACAGGUUGGACUAAGGUAUUUACCAACAUGUCGGACUAGAGGAUUGUAUGAAGGUGCUAGUCGUCAGUAUUUACGACUGACCAAUACUGAUACCAGUACAACUGUAGCUGAACGGGGGGCAUUUGCUGUUGGAUUUCAUCUCGACACACUUAGACUAUUCUGGAACACAUCAUCACAUGACACUCUGGACCCAACCUACACUGGACUGUACAGGUGUAUUACAGAUGUAGGAAUGUCAUCACAGACAUAUCAACUCAAGGUUGUAGUUCCACCUACCAUACUGUCAUUGAACACAUCGCAUUAUGUGGACACCAGCAACACUGCCCACCCAAUCAGUUGUAAAGGUCAGGGAUACCCAGAACCUACAGUGACACUAAUGGUCAACAAUGUGGUAAUGACUGGACGUGAUUCCAAUAAUUGUGCUGCUGGUAUUUGUACAAAGACACGAACAGCAUCACUAGAUGGUAGUACCUUCACACCUGGCCAGUCCAUCAGCAUCACCUGUACUGUGGAUAUCAACCAGCCACCAUUCACCUGUACUGCUGCUUAUGAUCCAGCAGUACAAGCAAAGUGUAAUGCUGCUGCCAAGACUACGUCACACACAAGAACUAUCCCUGUAGGCGAACCUUGUCCCCUGUUAGAUUCCUCUCCUGGUUAUGAUUUCAAUGCUACAUUCUCCAAUGUCUCUGGAACAAUUCUGGGAAUUUCAUGUCGUGCUGGCUUUACUGUGGAUGCUAGAACGAGUUCCAUUGACACAAUAACAUGUCAGCGUAAUGGAAUGUGGACACCUCUCCCGACUUGUACAGACGUGGAUGAGUGUUUGACCAAGUGUUCUGACAGCAGUAUUUCUCAAUGCAAUAACACUAUGGGAAGUUUUACAUGUACAUGUAACAUGGGAUACAGGUUUGAUGGAACCAACUGCAUUGAUGAUAACGAGUGUUUAACUCAGUGUAAAGUAACAGGAUCCGAAUGCAAGAACACAAUUGGAAGUUUUAUGUGUACAUGUCUCACUGGAUAUACAGGAAACGGCUUCACUUGUGACGAUGUCGAUGAAUGCUUGACUAUGUGCAAAGGCAAUGGGACCAAUUGCACCAACACAGUUGGGAGUUACAAAUGUGAAUGCCAAACGGGAUAUAAUGGAACUGCACCUUCUUGCACUGAUAUCGAUGAGUGUAACACCAUGUGUGAUGAUAGUACAUCGUCACAAUGCAACAACACUUUGGGAAGUUAUUCGUGCACUUGCAAUCCUGGAUACACUGCUGAUGGGACUACCUGUGCAGGCACAUCUACGCUUGAAGAAAUCACUUUAGCCCCAGUUUUGAACCAAUCCGCAACAAGCACGUUAGCCCCAACUUUGAACCAAUCUGCAACAAGCAUGUUAGCCCCAACUUUGAACCAAUCCGCAACAAGCACGUUGAACCAAUCCGCAACAAGCACGUUAGCCCCAGAUUUGAACCAAUCCGCAACAAGCACGUUGAACCAAUCCGCAACAAGCAUGUUAGCCCUAGCUUUGAACCAAUCCGCAACAAGCACUGUAGCCCUAUUAUCAGAUGGUGGUGCGGACCCAACGUCAUCUGUGCCUGAUAUUGGGGAAACCCCCGCCCAAUCCGGCUCAGUUAUGAGUACUGGGAGCACGACAACUUUCAACAGCACAUUGGAUAUUCCUAAUGGAAAGUCAAGUUUAACCGGUGGUCAAGUGGCAGGCCUAGUAAUAGGCACCUUGUUGCUGGUCGCAUUGAUUGGAGGCAUUGUCUUCACUCUUGUGAAGAAACAGUCUCCUGGAUUUGGGAAACAUAUUUCUAUGACAGAAAUGAAUGCUUAAUGACUCCAACUGGAGUGCCGGAACAGUGGGAAGACUUUCUACAAGCCUUAGCAAGUGGAAAAAGCUGACGACCAGUUCCGGCCAUUGUUAGCAUUCCUGUAGUGUUACACCACGCAUACACAUGCAUGCAUAUGUCAACACACCUAUACACAAUUAUUAUGCAUGACUGUAAGAGGUAAUAAUCAGUACGCAUUUCACACGAUGUAACCUGAUGCCUUGAUUUCAUUUCGUGUUGGUGCUUCUCUGUACUUUGAUGCUACUUGCAUGAAGCUAAUCUUGGCCUAAGGAUAUGUUGGUAGGAAAUAUUGAUAAGGAAACUUAGCAUUGAUUGAAUUGAAGCAUGCACGAUUUCAGGUUUGUCUAUUAUGACGGUUUACCUCUCCUGGUGGUCCAUCAGGUUUGUUGCCUUUGAUUUAUUGUCAAUGUCGCUGCAUUCAGCUUCAACAAAGUUGAUAGUUUAUUACUAUUCGAGUGAGCAUUCGUACAACACAUAGUGCCUAUAGUAGAUGCAUUUCCAUUGAUAUCUGUGAAGGAGUAUUUUCGUCGUGCAUUAUUGCAUUUUGCCUCCAAGUCUGUUAAUCAGUAAUCGCAAACCUGUACUUUCGUUGAUUAAUGUCGCUGCACUCAGCUAGAACGCAGUUGGUUGUCCAUUGAUCGGAGAGAGCAUUCUUACAGCACAUAGUGCCUAUCGUAGAUGUAAUUCCCCUGAAAUCUGUGAAGAAGUAUAUGCUCUGUGCGCUGUUACAUUUUGCCUCCGAGUACGUUAGUUUGUCAUUAGGAGUCUAUACUUUUGUUGAUACAAUAAUAUCGUUGCACUCAGCAAGAAUAAUUGAUUUUCAUCCAUAUUGGAGUGAGCAUUCUUACAACACGUGGUGCCUAUCGUAGAUUCAAUUCCACUGGUAUCUGUGAAUAAGUAUAAUUCUCAAUGCACUAUUACAUUUCGCCUCCAAGUCUGUUGCUAGUAGUUUGCUAUAAAAAAAAUCGGGUACUAGU